UGGGGGGUCCCCUCCUCACCCUAAAGGGGUUUUUGGGGUCUGGGAUCCCCACAGAGUCCCGGAACUUCAGCAAUGACCGCAUGGUGUGCAAGGAGAUCCGACGGAAUUCCGCCGGCUGCCUCCGGAUGAGGGACGAGUGCGAGAAGUGCCGGGAGAUCCUGGCCGUGGACUGCGGGCAGGGCUCCCCGUCGCAGGGGGAGCUGCGGGAGGAGCUGGAGGACGCGAUGCGCGUUGCCGAGCGCUUCACCCGCCGCUACGACUCCCUGCUGGGGGCCCUGCAGGAGGAGCUGCUCAACAGCACGGCCCUGAUGCAGCAGCUCAGCGACCAGUUCGGGUGGGUCACACGGCUCGCCAACCUCACCCAGGGCACCGACGGGGCACUGCGAGUCACCACGGUGAGUCCUGACCCUAAAAACCCGAAAUCUGACCCUAAACCUGACCCCAACCUCACCCAGAGCACCGACGGAGCCCUGCGUGUUACCAUGGUGAGAGCCUGACCCUAAAAACCCUAA